AUGGAGUCGACAGCUCUUUUCCAUGGACUUUCAGGUCUACCAGCAGAGGAUCAAACGCUUGUGUCUCGUUUUGGCCGUGGUCCAGCUUUGGCAGUUACUCACUCAACAGUUCAUACAGCAUUUGAAAGCAUUGUCGAUUCUCAACCUUCGGCGAUAGCGGCAAAAUAUAAAGGCAACACUUUCACAUACGCCAAACUCGACACCGCAGCGAACCGCCUCGCGAAUCAUCUUAUUGAACUCGGAUUGCGGCCUAACCAGCGGGUAUGCCUAGUCGUACAGCGCUCGUUAGAGAUGCUAGUGGGAAUCUUCGCCGUUUUGAAGGCAGGAUGCCAAUAUAUCCCCAUCGACGGCGGAGUCUCCACGGACCAGGGGCUUGCCCAUAUAAUCAAGGACACGAAAGUUCCAUUUAUCUUGUGCCUUCCUGAAUUCGAGGAAAAGACGAGGCGCCAAGUUCUUGAGAACGUCAAAAUUAUCCCUUUGGGAGUGCAUGUGGAAAGUUUCUGCUCACAAGACAGACCUCGCAUUGCUACCUCCUCAAGUGAUGGGGCUUAUGCAAUCUAUACGUCUGGGAGCACAGGAAAGCCAAAAGGAGUUGAUGUAACUCAUGGCAACGUGUGCAACGCUCUUCUAUUGGAGCCAGGAAGACUGGGGAUUACGGGAGGCUCGAAAGUGGCGCAGGUACUCAAUGUUGCGUUUGACAUGGGCUCUUGGGAGAUCCUUGCAUGCCUGAUGAAUGGUGGUACGCUGCAUCUCAGGGGUGCAAACUGGGAGGAGACACUUCGUGAGGUUGAUACACUGAUUGCGACCCCCUCAAUCCUGUCUAAAUAUCGCCGCAACUCCUUUCUCAACAUCAAAACUGUUGUCACUGGUGGUGAGCCCUGUUCACAGUCCUUGGCCGAUGAGUGGGCCGAAGGCACUACCUACUACAACAUCUGCGGCCCUACGGAAAUCACAAUACUUAACACAGCUCACCGACAUACUCCGGGAUCCACUUUGUCAAUUGGUAAACCCCUACCGAAUACUAACGUCUACAUACUCGAUGACAAAGAGAAUCCCGUGCCAUUCGGGUCGAAAGGCACCAUGUGGGUUGGUGGCGCUGGAGUAUCACGAGGCUACAUCAAUAUUCCGGAUCUGACAUCUAGCCGCUAUAAGCUUGACAAAUUUACUCGGGAUGGGCAUUGGAUGGAAGAUGGUUCCCUGGAUACAUUUGGGCGCAUUGACGAACAGGUGAAGAUUAAGCGAUACCCUGGCAUCACCAGAGCCUGUUCUAGCUUAGUCGACGGCGUAUUACAUGGCUUCUACACGACAAUGGCAUUCAUCGACGAAGAAGAUCUUGACAACUUUACUCGGAGUUCACUUCCAUAUUACUCAGUUCCGGAGCAGUGGAAUUACCUCCCAACUAUUCCUUUGACAGCGAAUGGAAAGGUGAACAAACAACAACUGGAGCACAUUGCCCUCCGCAGGACUGUAGCUCCAUCAGAAAAAAUAACAUCAACGUUUACCACAAAGGAUCUCUAUCAUACCGUCGCAGUAACCAAGGGAUCUGGAAUGGAGGAGGAAGCCAGUCAAGUUGUACAUUCGAGACCGCUUUCGGAUUUCAAUGUAUCGAGAUCAAGCAGCACCGCGGAUCCCCCAAAGCUACCAAAUAAGAAUGGUUUCCACGGUCAACGGUGGCUUCGGCACCACAUUUUCAUCUUAUAUCGGCGCUUCUUCACUUUUGUGGUCUUAGCAAAUCUAGGAGCAGCGUCUGUCAUUCUCUGGCGGAGAGUGAAGAAGGAAAAGCCAAUGCUUGCUGAUAUCGCUACUGCAACAGCUACUAAUUUAACGCUAGCAAUUCUCAUGCGUUCCGAACCGGUCAUCAACCUCCUGUUUAGUACUUGUUGCUCGGUCCCAACUUGGUUUCCUCUCUCGAUACGACGGCAAUGCGCUCGGGUGUUCCAUAUUGGAGGCAUCCAUAGUGGCGCUGCGAUUGCUGCUACUUUUUGGUUCAUGAUUUUCACCGUUGGAGCGAGCGUAGACUUCACCAAACCGCCUAAAUUCAGAUGUGUUAGUACGGUUUCUGUGAUAAUAACCUACAUCAUCGACCUUCUACUCAUUGGUAUCACUGCAAUGUCUCACCCUUCAAUUCGAAUACGCUACCAUGACGCAUGGGAGUGUUCACAUCGCUUCGGAGGCUGGACCGCGCUCUUUUUCUUCUGGACCCAUGCUGUUCUUGUCACUCGCGAUCUCCAAUUGUCCGGCUCUCCGAUGCAAGCAUACAAGACCUCACCUCCUAUAUAUCUGCUCUCGGUUGCGACAGCUGCCAUCAUCUUUCCAUGGCUCUUCCUUCGGAAAGUCCCUGUCCGCUCUGAGUUUCUCUCUGACCACGCAAUCCGCCUGCAUUUUGAUUACACUACGCCUGUCGUCGGUACAUCCAUCCGUAUUGCAGAAAGGCCAUUAAUUGACUGGCAUGGAUUUGCGACUAUCACGAAUACGAACGGGAAAGGGUUCUCUCUCGUCGUCAGCAACGCGGGCGACUUCACAAAACGCACGAUCCAGCGAGCACCAACACACAUCUGGGUCCGCGGAAUCCCAGCCUGCGGCGUUCUGCGGAUCGCCACUCUCUUCAAGUCCGUCGUGCUCGUCGCAACUGGCUCUGGAAUCGGUCCUUGUCUCGCCGUUAUUUUAGCUAAUAAGAUCCCCUGUCGUAUCCUAUGGACAGCACCGAACCCUGAGCUAACAUUUGGGAAAGAGAUUAUUAGCAGUGUGAUUAAUACCGAUCCCAAAGCCGUCAUUCAUAAUACACGAACGAUGGGCAAACCGGAUAUGGUGCAGAUGGCUUGGCAGUUAUAUAAAGAGUCAGGUGCUGAGGCUAUAUGUGUGAUUUCGAAUAAGAAGUUUACAACUAGGAUUGUGUAUCAGAUGGAGUGUAGGGGGAUCCCAGCUUAUGGUGCGAUUUUUGAUUCGUAAAUAAGAGGAAAAGAGGACAGGAG